AUGUCAGCCAACCAAUUGAAGAGCGGGGACCUCAGUAUCCGAACAACAACAGGCAAGGAGACGCAGCUCCUGCGGCAGUUAGCAGACGACUGGGUAGCACGAGUUGGUAGCGGGUCCUCGGUCAGGAAUCCGACCUACGGCGUCCUAGUACACGGCACACGGAUCAGCACAGUCGACAUGGACAAGCAGGAAGACAUGAGAAACGCCAUCCUGCAAGACAAUAAACCCUUUUAUCCCAGACGCAGAGAUCAAAUUCAUGGGGCGGCUUACCCGGCAGGCACCAAGGGCUGCCCAUCCAAAGGAGACCGGGAUGCCCCUAGGAAAUGCGCAGCAUGCCACGGCACACAUGAGGCGUGGAACCGCUUGUGCCCAACCAGGAAAAAACGAGCUGGCCAAGGUAAGGGCGGCCUACGCCAGUAG